GCGCGGCGCUCAGCGCCAUCUGCGCCCUGCCAGCAGCGCCCCGUGGCAGCGGACCCUCGGCCCGUGAGUCAGAGGCUCCGUGGCAGCUCCGGGCAGCUGAUCUUAUCUCUUGUCUCGCGUCCCUUCGGGCCCGGCUCUGUCUGCGGCUUUGCGCGGCGGGGACCGUCACGCUGCAGCCGCACCAUGCUGCGCUUCCUCUGGGACAGCAUCUCCCUGCAGAUGCUUUUCGUCUUCCUCCUUGUCUUCCUGCUCAUCUCUGACUACAUGAAGAGGAGAAAGCCAAAGGACUUCCCCCCCAGUCCUUUUUCUUUCCCUUUCUUGGGAAAUGUGCAGUUGAUUUUUGCCAAAGACCCUGUGACUGCUUCACUGAAGUUUAUUGAAAAACAUGGGGACAUCUUCAGCAUGCAAAUGGGCGGCAUGUCAUUUGUGGUCGUCAAUGGCCUGUCACUGAUCAAAGAAGCCCUUGUGACCCAGGGAGAGAACUUCAUGAAUCGCCCGGAUUAUCCUGCAAAUACAGAACUCUUCAGCAAACUGGGGCUGGUCUUUUCUAAUGGGCACCUGUGGAAGCAGCAGAGAAGGUUCACCUUGACCACCCUCCGCAACUUCGGCCUGGGGAAGAGGAGCCUGGAGGAGCGGAUCCAGGAGGAGUGCCGAUUCCUCACGGAUACAUUCAGGGAUGAGCAGGGAAAUCCUUUCAACCCUCACCUUAAAAUCAACAAUGCUGUAUCAAACAUCAUCUGCUCCGUCACCUUUGGCAACCGGUUUGAAUACCAUGAUGAGGACUUCCAAAACUUGCUGCGGCUGAUGGAUGAGACUGUUACCCUCCAUGGGAAGAUAAUGAGCCAGCUGUACACCAUUUUUCCAUCCAUACUAAAACACUUGCCGGGAUCUCACCAAACUUUUUUGAAAAAUGGGAGGCUCAUGAAAAGCUUUGUGUGUGAGAAGAUCAGCAAACAUAAGGAAGACCUGAACCCCUCAGAGAGCCGGGACUUCAUCGACAGCUACCUGCAGGAGAUGGAUAAGCCCAGUGGCAGUGACUUCUGUGAGGAUAACCUGGUAGAGUGCACACUUGACCUGUUUUUUGCUGGGACCGAGACCACCUCCACAACCAUCCGCUGGGCCCUGCUGUAUAUGGCCAUAUAUCCGGAAAUUCAAGCCCGUGUACAGGCUGAGAUCGAUGCUGUCAUUGGGCAGUCCAGGCAGCCAGCUCUGGAGGACAGGAACAACAUGCCCUACACCAAUGCUGUCAUCCACGAAGUGCAGAGGAAAAGCAACAUCCUCCCUUUUAACGUGCCAAGAGAGGCUUUGAAGGACACAGUCUUGGCUGGUUUCCGGGUACCCAAGGGCAGUAUUUUGAUUGCAAACCUAUCCUCUGUGAUGUUUGACAAGAAGGAGUGGGAAACCCCUCACAGUUUUAACCCUGGGCACUUCCUGAAGGACGGUCAGUUCUGGAAAAGAGAGGCUUUUAUGCCAUUUUCUAUAGGGAAGCGCGCCUGCCUGGGUGAAGAUGCUGGCCAUCGUGCUGAGCUCUUCCUCUUCUUCACGGCUCUGCUCCAGAAAUUCACACUUCCACGGCUUCCCCCGGAACACACAUCCACCUCAGACUCAAAUGUGGCUCCAAUGUCUGUACAACAGGCGAAGUGUGAGAGGGCAGUCUGGGUCUCGGUCAUGGAGCUGUCAUCGUGUAGAAAUAAUGCCUUCCCAGGAGCAAAUGAGUCAUCGCUGCUAUGUGGACGCGUGGGUGGAUUCCAGUGUUCCGCCAUCAUGGGUGGACGAAGCAACUUUCAGAGCAGCAACCGGCAGUGCCGCUAG